AUGUACAUUACUAACCCCUCGCUAGUAGCUAGAGCCGGCUUGCCUUACAAAGUGUAUGGUAGCCAUGAAGGUUCCCUCACGGAAAAGAGAAAACAGAGGCGUAUCAGGACGACGUUUACAUCAGCUCAGCUCAAAGAACUGGAGCGUGCCUUCCAGGAGACGCACUAUCCAGAUAUUUACACCAGGGAAGAGAUAGCAAUGAAGAUAGAUCUCACAGAAGCGAGAGUACAAGUUACGUUACGAGCGUACGGUACAGUUAAAGGUAUUUCCUCUCAUUGCGAUUGCAACGUUUGCGGUGGUCAUCUGACAGCUGACGUCACGGGCGGCAAUAAAGACUGA